AAUAACAACAACACCCGUGCAUGUACAACUAAUUAUUGUGAAAUAUCUAUUUUUUUCAUUUAUUUUAUACGUUUUAAUAAUAAUAUUGCAUAUAAUUAUAUAUCCAAGAGUCAAUAAAAUGAAAAUCAACCAUGAUUGGGUACAAAAUAAUAAGGAAUUUCAUUAAAGUUUCCAAAUAUCGUUUUAUAAUGACUGCCGCUGACUGCAAACCAUUUACUGUUCUCGUUGAGGGAAACAUUGGCAGUGGUAAAACAACAUUCCUCGAGCAUUUCCGUCAUUUUGAAGAUAUCACUUUGCUAACAGAACCAGUUGAAGAAUGGCGAAACGUGCAGGGAUGGAAUCUAUUGGAUUUGAUGUACAAAGACCCUGCCAAGUGGGCAAUGACCUUCCAAGCUUACGUGUCCUUAACUAUGUUGGAGAUGCACCGUAGACCGACCCGUACUCCUGUGAAGUUAAUGGAACGAUCUUUGUUUAGUGCUAAGUAUUGUUUCGUGGAGCAAAUGAAGAGGUUAGGAACAUUGCAUCCCGCGCAGUUUGCUGUACUGGACGAGUGGUUUAACUUCAUUAAUCGCGAGAUGCCAGUCAAUGCAGACCUUAUAGUUUACCUAAAAUCUUCACCAUCUGUAGUUUAUGAAAGGAUAAAGAAGAGGGCUCGUUCAGAAGAACAGUGUGUGCCACUGGAUUAUAUUGAACAGUUGCACACAUUACAUGAAGACUGGCUUAUCAAUAGAACUCACGCUGAGUGUCCUGCACCAGUGUUGGUCCUUGAUGCAGAUCUGGAUAUAUCUCAAAUAACUGAAGAAUACAAGAAAAGCGAACACCAAAUACUUAGAAAGGCUGUGGAUGUGGUCAUGCAAUCACCAAACAAACUGAGCCCAAAAAAACCUAUUACGGGUUCUGCUAUAAAGAUAGUUCCACAAAUAAGACUUUAAUAUUAGUUGUAUUGCCUAAUUUAUGUAUUAAUAUAAGUAUUAUUUUGCCUAGAAUUUAAAAGUGACAAAAAUGGUUUUGGAUGGAAUAUUUUUGAUGUUUGUGUAUGUUUAGAUAGGUCACAAGGUCACUUGAUUUAAGAUCUAUGCCAGUUUAGGAGAUACAUUGACUUUAAAUUCUCGUAGUUAUCUUAUUAAUGAGUUUAAUGAUUUCCAAAGUAGUAGUUUAUAUUGCCCAAAUACAGAAUAAUAUAUAGAACAUAAUACAAUAUCAGGUCUAUAUAUAAAUGAUUAUUUUACAAUUAUGGAUUUUGUAACAUUAAGUUAUGCACACAAAACAGCAUUCUUCCUAUACCAACCUUUAAAUAAUGAAAACAUUGUAGAGUCUAUGUGUAAAAUUAAAAUAAUACUCUUCUUAUAAAAUCCCAGUUAACAGCCAAAAUAAAGAAACCAGUUAUAAUACAAAAUUUCAUUUACUUUGACUGUAUUUAUAUUAUUAACUUCCAAAGCCUAGUAUUUAUUUUAUUAACUUCCAUUAUAAACAUUUAGUAAUUUUGUUCACAUUCAGUCAG